AUGCUUCAAUACUUCGAGAGUAACGGGGAGCGCGAGCUUGUAGCAACGGCGCACCAACUCCCGCAACAGCAGGCGCAGGCGCAGCAGGGGCAGGCGCAGCAGGGGAAGAAUGGCGGCGAUCUUGACACGGCCUCCGGCGGGCCGGGCGCCGCGAGGUGCCUCUUAGUAGGCUCCUUAAGCCACGGAAGCGGCUCGGAGAAGCAGGACGGGAGCGUCAGGGUUGGGGAGGGCGCAGCGGGGGGGAUUGGCGGAAGCUGGGAUAUUGAGGGGGGCGGAAGCGGGGAGGGCGGUGGCUGCGGGCGCGAUAGUGCGGGUUCCGCGCUUAGGCGGGAAGCUAGUCUAGGGCCAGGGUUACGGCGGGAGAGCAGCAUAGGGACGGGUCUUCGGCGGGAGAGUAGCAUAGGCUCGGGGCGCUUACCGCCUUUGCAUUCCCAGUCUAACGAUGGCGCGGCGAGCGUUCCCCCGCGUGCGUUUGUGCACGCGCAUGCUCACGCGAACGUAGACAUGGGCGCGGGCGCGAGUGUAAACGCGAAUACGAGGGCGAAUGUGAUUGCAGCAGCGCAGAUUAAUCCGCAGCAGGCGGGAAAUAGGCCGCGGUUGAAGGAGUUUAAAGAUAACGAGCUGACGUGGAAAGAGCAGGUGACGUGGCAGCAGGGGGAAGGCGCGAGCGGGGGGAGCAGGGGGAUAGGUGGUGGCGGCGGAGGGAGCGGGGGGAGCAGGGCAAAGACGGGAAGCAGGGUGAGCAGGGGGAGAAUGGGGGGAAGAGGGGGAAGAGGGGGAGGACUGGGGCGCCAACGAAGCUUAGACGCGAAUUUCGUGCAGGAGAUAGGUUCUGGGGGGGAUAACUGGGGCAUCGUAGGUUCUGGAGGGGGGAACUGGGGCAUAGCAGGUUCCGCCAGUGAGAGCGAUUCUGAGGAGGAUUUCCCGCGGGGCCCUAGGGGGGUUGCGGAAGGGGAGCGGAUGGGGGGAGCGGAUCGGUUUGGGGGGAGCGGAAUCGGGGGCGGAGGGGGGAGUGUGAUGAGCGGAGGGGGGAGAACGGGGGGAGCGGGGGCGGGGGGGAAGAUAGUCCGGGGGAUGGUGGCUAUGUCCCCUGAGAGGCGGUGGCGUGGCACGAGCGUAGGGGGAAGGGGGAAGACUGGGGGGUCGUGGGGCGGAGAGAGGGGGUUUGUGGCGGAAGAAGGGGAAUUCGAGGCGGAGGGGGGGGCGAGUGGGGGAGGAAGGGGAGAGGGGAGGGGAGAGGGAAGGGUGGAGGGGAGGGGGGCGGGGAGGAAGCAGGAAAGGAAGCAGGUGGAGGCUGUUGCUGUUGUUGGUGGUGGUGAUAGUGAUGAGGAGAAUUGUAUCGGGCCUACGAGGGCACAGACGCUGGGAAGGCUGUCUGAAAGGGCUGGGAGAAGGAUGAGGUUUAAAUCAGAGGGUGGCGGCUUCACCCACUCUUGGCUGGAUGACGUGGCGGACUCCCAUUGGCUCCCGGACCUGCACGUCCGGGCCCUCCUGGACGAAGCAGGGAUAGGCCUGGCGGGGCUCCGCCUGGGCAGUGGCGAGCUGGUUCACUGCAGCGCUGCUCUCGCCGCCAUGCUGGGACGAUCAGUGAAUGCGUUGGAAGGAAGUCCGUUGCAGAACUUCCUCAGCGCCCCUGCCAUUCGCAGCUUCCAGAGCUGGUUCGGCAGCAUAUCAGCAGCGACUCUAUCAGCACACGCACAGCACCUAUCACCUCAUGCCACGUGGCACAGGCAGUCCCACCAUGACCUGCCCGUCGUCAUGCCAGGAGGCAGCAUGAGGCGCAUUCGCCUCACAUGCCACGUGGCACCGGCAGCGGAUGGGGCGAGUGGGGGGCGGGGCGAUGACCCCCCCUCCAUGCUCAUGGCUCUCUUCUGCGACCUCUCUGCUGCUCUGCACGGCUCCAAGGAGGUGCGAGCCAAGCGGUGUGCGUUCAUUCUGCAGCACCUGCCAGCAGGAGUGGCACACAUGCUUCCAGAGGAGCGAACCAGAGGGGGAAGCGGAGGGGGAGGGAGUGGUGGGGGGAGCGGCAACAGUGCUGGCAGUGGUAGGGGCAGUUGGGGGGAGAGGAGCGGUGGGGGGAGUGGUAACAGCGCUGGCAGUGGCAGGGGAAGUUUGGGGGAGAGGAGCGGCGGCAGCAGCAACGGGGAUGAGGUGGUUAUUAACCCUCAUAUGGAGGCAAUUACGGGGUAUUCACGGGAGGAGCUGAGUACGGUUGACUCGUGGUUCUCGUGCCUCUUCAGGGAAAGGGCGGAAGAGGUGCGGCAAAUCCUGGAGGCAGACCGUGCAAUGGGGUUCAGGGAGUCGAGAACCCUACGAAUGGUGCGCAGGGAUGGAGAGCCGCGGUGGUUAGAGGUGGCAGUGAGGGACUGUCUGUGUGCCUACAGCGUGUCUCUCCCAUACCCUCUUCCGCAUACCCUCACGCCCCCACAGGUGCGGCAAAUCCUGGAGGCAGACCGUGCAAUGGGGUUCAGGGAGUCGAGAACUCUACGAUUGGUGCGCAGGGAUGGAGAACCCAGGUGGCUGGAGGUGGCUGUGAGGGACUGUGGAGCCGGAGGGGGCGACCUGUGGGUGGUGAGCGACAUCAACCAAUCACCCAAUCCGUGUGUGCCUGCGUCUCUUGCCCACGCCCUGUGCCACCCCACCCCACUCCUUCACUUCCUCGCUCCUUCACAGGUGCGGCAAAUUCUCGAGGCGGACAGGGCGAUGGGAUUCAGGGAGUCUCGCACGUUGAGGAUGGUGCGCAGGGAUGGCGAGCCGCGGUGGUUAGAGGUGGCGGUGAGGGACUGUGGAGCCGGAGGGGCGACCUGUGGGUGCGACAUCACGGACCAUCUGAUCGUGCGGGAGAAGUUCCGCCUGCUCUAUGAAGCCUCCUCGGACGGCUAUCUGGUAUUCGACGACACAGGGAUCACGGAGUGCAACGAUGCGGCCAUCCACUGCCUGCGCUGCAAUGUGCACCCCCUCCACCCUUUCUCCUUCCCCACCCCCUCAGGACGGCUAUCUGGUAUUCGACGACACAGGGAUCACGGAGUGCAACGAUGCGGCCAUCCACUGCCUGCGCUGCAAUGUGCACCCCCUCCACCCUUUCUCCUUCCCCACCCCCUCAGGACGGCUAUCUGGUAUUCGACGACACAGGGAUCACGGAGUGCAACGAUGCGGCCAUCCACUGCCUGCGCUGCAAUGUGCACCCCCUCCACCCUUUCUCCUUCCCCACCCCCUCAGGACGGCUAUCUGGUAUUCGACGACACAGGGAUCACGGAGUGCAACGAUGCGGCCAUCCACUGCCUGCGCUGCAAUGUGCACCCCUCCACCCUUUCUCCUUCCCCACCCCCUCAGGACGGCUAUCUGGUAUUCGACGACACAGGGAUCACGGAGUGCAACGACGCGGCCAUCCACUGCCUGCGCUGCAGUGACAAGAGCGAGCUCAUGUUUCCCCACCUCCCGCCUCCUACCCCUCCGUUCCCCUUUCCCCUGCAGGACGGCUAUUUGGUAUUCGAUGACACGGGCAUAACAGAGUGCAACGACGCGGCCAUCCACUGCCUGCGCUGCAGCGACAAGAGCGAGCUCAUCGGGCGGCAUCCCGCGUACUUUUCCCCCGAGCGCCAGCCGGACGGGCGGCGGUCGGACGAGAAGGCAGUUGAGAUGGUGGCGAUGGCGACGGAGACUGGCAUGCACAAGUUUGAGUGGAUGCACAUGCGCAAGGACGGAUCCCUGUUCCCGGUAGAAGUGACCCUCUCCUUCCUGCAGCUCGAGCACAACCGCCCCAUGCACAUGGUCGUCUGGCACGACCUCUCGGAGAUCAAGCGCCAGGCGAGGGAGCUGCAGGCGGCUAAAGAGGCGGCGGAGCGGGCGAAUCAAGCCAAGAGCCAGUUCUUGGCGAACAUGAGCCAUGAAAUCCGCACGCCCAUGAAUGGUGUGAUCGGAGUGGCAGAGCUCCUGCUAGGCACAGACCUGACAGCCGAGCAGCGCUCCUACCUGGAAAUCAUUCGCUCUUCAGGAGAUAAUCUCCUUCGAAUCAUCUCUGACGUGCUCGACCUGUCCAAGAUCGAAUCCAAGAACUUAGCGCUGGAGAGCAUCGAGUUCAACAUGCAUCAGCAGGUGACGGAGGCUCUGGCGCUGCUGGAAGUGGUGGCCAAGGACAAGGGGCUCUUCCUGGAGCUGGAUAUUCACGAGGAGGUGCCGGCGGUGGUGAUGGGGGACCCUGUGAGGCUGCGGCAAGUCCUGCUGAACCUCAUUUCAAACUCCAUCAAGUUUACCGAAAC